CCAUAUAGAAGACUAGAACACAGGUGGGAAGUACGAGUGGAUGACAAACGAAUGAAUUUUUGACAAACUUUUCGACGAAUGAACUAAAAUGGGUCAGAUUGUUAUAUUUUUAGAGUAUACGAUAAACUAAUUUGAGUCUAGAUAUAAUUUAUAUUCUAAACAUUUAAUAGAUAAACUCAUGCUAUGAUUCUUUACAGUUUAGACCCAAACUUAAAUAUCAAUUUCAUAAAAAAAAAUGUUAUGGACGAUAUUAAUUUAUCGAGAGACAACAAAAUACAUAUAAUAAUCAAAUCAUCAGUAUUCAACAAAAGCCCACCCGUAGCUACCCUAAAAUAAUAACCAUUCAAGAGAGAGGUUUUCUGGGAUGGAAAACCGAAGUUUCAGCAUAACAAAAUUGACUGAAUAUAAAAGAACAUAUGGCAGGUUCUUACUGGUUUUGUCCCUGCUCUGCCUCCAAAUCGACCAGAAAAAAUGGCGCAGAAACUGAGUGGCAGAAUCAGAGAUCCUCGGCAAAGAAUGGGAGAUUCUACCCACUAAACGACACAGGCUCUCCAACACUUCCAGUCAACUGUUCAGAUUUUAUAUAAUCUGCAGAAUCACAGUACGAAACCAUCCUAAUUCCUCUGCUAGCCCAAAAACAACCCAAACAAAAUGGACAGCAGCAGCCAAGUACUGCCUCUGCUCUUUUCAUUCCUCCUCAUCACCACAACCUUCAUCUUCCUAGUCCUCAGACCAUGGAGGAAAGAGAAACCCUCAAAGUCAAAGCAGCAGCCCCCGCGGGCACUUCUUCCCCCGGGUCCAAGAAAGCUUCCAAUCAUCGGAAACCUGCACCAACUAGCCACCUCCAAGUUGCUUCCCCAUCACCGGCUGCUGGAGCUAGCCAACGAGCACGGCCCUCUGAUGCACCUCCAGCUCGGUCAACUCCAGACCGUCAUAGUUUCCUCAGCAGAGAUGGCUAAACAAGUCAUGAAGACCCACGACCUCACCUUCUCCAAUCGACCAUUCCUACUCGCAGUCGAUAUCAUCUCCGACAACCUCAACCUCGUGUUUGCGCCCUAUGGCGAGUACUGGCGCCAGCUUAAGAAACUGUGUGUGUUGGAGUUGCUUAGUGCCAAGAGAGUUGCUUCUUUCCUACCCAUCAGGGAACAAGAAGUGGCCCGUUUAAUAGCUGAUAUUUGCUGCAAACAAGGCUUGGCGACCAAUGUUAGUAGGAUGAUUUACUCUCUGACAUAUAGGAUAAUUUCAAGGUCUGCAUUUGGGAAGCUGUAUGAGGUUGAGUCAUCAUUCGUACCGGUGGCCAUGGAUAUCAUUGACGCUGGGAGUGGGUUUGGUGUUACUGAUGUCUACCCAUCUUUCAAAUUCCUUCAGCUGAUUACUGGGGUUAGAUCCAGACUGCAGAAAUUGAAGCGAGAAUCUGACCGGAUACUCCAAAGCAUAAUCGAUGAGCAUAUAGCAGCAGCAAAAGCAGGGGCAGGUGAAAAGGAGGAAGGCGUAGAUGAUCUUGUGGAUGUUAUGUUGAAGGUUCAAAAAAGUGCAGACCUUGGAUUCACAUUAACAACUGACAGUGUCAAAGCAAUCCUCCUGGACAUGUUCAUUGCAGGAAGUGAGACUUCAUCGACAGUAGUGGAAUGGACGAUGUCAGAGCUGAUUAGAGAUGAAAGAGUGAUGAAGAAAGCACAAGCCGAGGUUAGGGCAGAGUUUGGGAAACGAAGGAAGGUUGAGGAAACAGGGAUUGAUGAAUUGAAUUACCUGAAGAUGGUUAUCAAAGAAAGCCUGAGGCUGCACCCCCCUCUGCCUCUACUUGUACCAAGAGAGUCACUGAAUCAAUGCGAAAUGGAAGGCUUUCAAAUACCAGAGAAGACGAAGGUGAUAGUGAAUGCAUGGGCUAUUGGGAGGGAUCCAAAGUACUGGAGUGAACCUGAGAGAUUUUACCCCGAAAGGUUUGUGAGCAGCAACAGUGUGGAUUACAAGGGGAAUGAUUUCGAGUUCAUCCCGUUUGGCGCUGGAAGAAGGAUCUGUCCUGGGAUAUCAUUUGGUGUAGCAAACGUGGAGACUGCACUUGCUAAUUUGCUGUUCCACUUUGAUUGGAAGCUUCCUGGAGGGAUGAAGCCUGAAAGUCUGGACAUGAGUGAACUAUUUGGAGCCACGGUAAGAAGGAAAAAUGAUCUGAACUUGAUUCCAACAGUUUGGCAGGCAUAAUCCCUUUUCUGCUGUAGAUAAUCAGAAUGAUAAAACACUAUUAGGGUAGCAAGAUCGUCCGUGUAAGAAAUAAAUAAAAAAAUUAACUGAAGCAGCAAUAAGAAUGAGAGUCUAAGCUGAUGGUGAAUGAUUGUAGUAAGGCAUGCUGCUAAGAUGAUGAUAUCCUACUAUAUCCAUUUUUGAAUGUACUGGUACAAUACAUUUUUGAAUUCACCAGCUUAUAGCCAGUCCUAUUUCUUGUUGCUAUCGUCUCUUAUGAAUUCACCAGCUUUUAGGAGUCUUAGGACACACAAAAGAAAAGUCAGUACGACGAUCAGUUAUAUGAAAUCUAAUAAGCCUCCCGUAGGCGGCAUAAUUUAGGCAAAUCCAUCAUCACCACUGAGCUAGGAAUGCAGUUGCUAAUUGGCAUGGUGAGGCUAACUGCUUGAGAGGAGUCAACGCUGCACCCAAUGAAACCCUAGCUAGGCAUUGUGCACCUAUGUGGCUGAGAAUUGGAAACCAUAAUCCAAAGUUCUGGUUAACAAUAACCUAAUUUACCCAUAAACAGUCAACCAAAAGAACAAAGGAACUCUAGAUAGGCAUUGCACCACUUCGAAUAUAUCCCAUUUGGGACGUGGAGAAGGAUGUGUCCUGGAAUAACAUUUCGACAUCGAACUUCCUCUUGCUAAUCUAUUGUUCUAUUCCCACCUUGGUACUCCCUGGUGAGGCCAACCCAGAAUCCUUCCGGGCAACGGUAAGAAGGAAAAAUCAACUGCAACUCGUCCUACCGUGUGGCAUUGCUUUGCCUGCAGAGCAGCUGCAUCAAUGAUGCCAUUAUCAAUCUUAAUGUCUAAGUCAGUGAAGUCCUAACUCUGAUCAACUGAAUUUCCCUAUCCGACCUAAAGCAAACCACUAGAACGCUGCUUCAUAGGAUCGUAAGUUUGAACUAUCAAUGCGUAGCAAUGACAUCGAAAGUUCUGGCUAAAAUUCGUCACAAUUAAACGAACUUUGGAGGGAAAUGGUGAAAGUCAAUUAGCUUACAUGCAUUCGAGAGAUCAUCAGAUUAUAUCUCCCCCAUACCGCAAUUAGGACACAGCUGGAUUCGAUAGAUCAUCAGAUGGAUUGGCCAUGUGUUUCCUCCAUCGCCGGCCUCCGUGAACUGCUUCCAGCGACCAUGCCACCGGGAAGAGGUCCGGCGCCGUUUCCAUAAUAAGAACCGGCAAGCUCCAUUGUUUUUUCUUCAUGAUCGUACGAGAAAAGCACGAGCUCUAGUCUGGGAGAAUUUCAGUAUGCCCAACGAGCUACAAGAACUGGUGGGAGACCCUCGAGUCUGUCGUUGGGGUGGACAAUCUCAAUCUGACCGACCCAGGUUUCCUUCCCGGGCCCAAUUACAAGUAACCGGUCACUGAAUUUUGGGGUGACAAACAAAUUAAAUACCCAAUUUUUAUUUUUAAUAGAUUUCAUAUAAGUUU